AUGUGUCGAGUGACCUUAUUCAACAUCCGCCUCUGCCCCUGUAAGGACAUUACAUGCGCCCUCGUCCGCCCCGUCGAGCUUGACGCAGCUCAGACAGCCAAGUUCCCCACACGCGCCCACAUCCAUUCGGCGGACGAAGUCGUCCUGCCCGAGGUUCUGCCCUGUGCAAGCUUCUUCGACGCGGGCCACUUUGACGUCCUGGUCGCCUCGGGCGGGGGCGACCUCGCCCUGGCCCAGUCAGCCCGGCCGCCCACGGAGCUGAUGAUCCGGGCGCGGCUCGAGGAGAAAACACAGUGGGAGCGGACAAGGGAAGAGGCUCAGGCCAAAAAGACUGAGGCUGCGAAGGAACGUGCUCAGCAGAAGGCCAAGAUGGCGAAGGACCAGUAA